AUGCAAAAACAAGAGGACACUUUCCCCGGGAUUCCACUUUUCCCAGAUGAUGUUCCAACCGCUCCUUUACUCCGUCUCUCCUUGAAGAACCUACUUGCCGAGGAUGAGGGUGAGAUCCAGAAACUGAGCAAAGCAUGCGAGGAAAUCGGGUUCUUUUACCUCGAUAUCAGCGAUGCAGGCGAAGCUACGAAUAUCCUAGAAGACGCAGACAAACUGUUUGAAAUAGGAGCCGAUUUGUUCGAGCUUCCCCUAGAAGAGAAGCGGAAAUAUGACUUCAGCGCUCAGAAGUCUUACUUCGGAUACAAGGCACAAGGGGUUGGGGUAGUUGACCGGCAGGGAAAUCUGGAUCGGAAUGAGUUCUAUAAUGUGUCGAAAGACGAUAUCAUGGGAAUAUCUCAACCGCUUCCAGCCCCAGAUAUCCUAAAGAGUAACCGAAAUUCCUUCGAGUCCUUUAUCAAGAGUUCCCACUCUAUUGUCACACUUAUCCUCAAACUUCUCAACACCAGCCUAGGUCUUCCAGAGUCCACUCUUGCCAAAGUCCACCGCCUCGAAGGUGUAAGUGGCGACCAAGUACGCUUCGUCAAGGCACCUCCACAGCCCGUCGAUGACCGCCGUACUGCGUUAGGUGAACAUACCGAUUUUGGAAGCGUAACCGUCCUUUUCAACCGCCUGGGAGGUCUCCAAGUUCUUCCUCCUGGUGCGGACGCAGAGUGGCAGUAUGUGCGACCCCUUCCUGGACAUGCAAUUGUCAACCUCGGAGACGCUAUGGUGAAGUUUACGAACGGGCUGCUUCGAUCGAAUAUUCAUCGUGUUGUUUCUCCUCCGGGCCAGCAAGCGGAUAGCACUCGGUAUAGCUUGGUUUAUUUCGCAAGGCCAGAGGACGACGUCCCGCUGCGGCGGUUGGAGGGAUCUUCUCGGAUCCCCGAGCUGGAAGAAGGCGUCGUGGAAGAAGCGAUCAACAGUAAAGACUGGAUUAUACGUCGUGCACUGGGUCGAAGAGUAGAUGUGCCUGAUAUCGAAUAUGACAAGUCAGUAGGCACGGAGAUGUUGAGUAGGAGGUUGAAAGUUUAG